AUGGGAAAUGUCUACGAUACGAUUUAUAUCUCAAGAGAUGGAUCUGUUGGAUUCACUGAAAAAAGACAGAAGCCAUCAGCUCUUCCAGUCGAAGAACCUACAAUUGCAGUAUUCUGGCAGCCAGCAACACUAGGAAAUGUCUGGUAUAGAGAGACUUCUGAUGUGAAUAUAAUGAAUCUAGCCCACAACGAAGUGAAUAUUCAAUACCGAUAUGGAUCGCAGUUUCGUGUUCGAUCAGUGGUACUGAUCACUUGGGAAGGAGUCAAAGAUCCUCUCGUUCCAGAAUCCGAAGGAAACACAUUCCAACUGGCGCUUAUUAUCGGCGAUUCGAUGACAUUUGCUCAUUUUAUUUACAGUAAAUUAAACUACAAUACGAAUGCGAUUGCCGGAUUUUCGACAGGAGAAUCAUCGUAUUCUCUUCCAGAUUCAGCCACUCAUGAUGCAAUUCUUUUAUCCGAGAAAUCAGAUAUCGGAAUUCCAGGAGAAUGGUUAUUCCGUGUAGAUGGAGAUCACAUUUAUCUAUGUGGGGCUGGUUUCAAAGGAUUAGAAUGUAUUGAAAGUUGUGCACCAUCUCAAUGGUUUAAUGAUUGUUCGAAAAGUUGUCAUUGCGAUGGAGGAGAUUCUUGUGAUCAAGAAAAUGGGAGAUGUCCAAAUGGAAAAUGUUCUCCUGGAUGGGCCGGAGAACCAAUUUGUGAUGAGGAUUUGGAUGAAUGUGAAAUGGGAAUAGAUAAUUGUCCAAAUGAACAACCUGAUUGUCUCAAUACUCCUGGUAGCUUCUUAUGUUUAUGUUUUGAAUAUGACGAGAGCAGACAGAAAUGCAAAAACUCUAAACCAGCACCACCGAGCGCUCCGAUUCCUGUUGAUGUGAUACCAAUGCACCCAACAUUUACUAGAAAACCAGCACAAGCAAAGGUCAAAGCUUCUCCGAGAACUCGGUUCAAAUCAACGACAGCAGCUGCAACAACACAAAUGGUCACUACGCAUUCGUCAACUUCAUCAUUAACAACAAUUAGGGAAAAACCAAUGGCAACUCCACUUCUAACAACCGAAGUUGUGACAAAACCGACUACAACAACUACUGUAGUGACAACACCAUCAGCUUGUUCGAGAUGUGAUCAGAACGCCAAAUGUUCAAAUGGAAUAUGUACAUGUUCGAAAGGAUUCACUGGAGAUGGAUUCAGAUGCUAUGAUGUGGAUGAAUGUCAAAUACCUGGAGCCGUUUGUGGGGAUCAUUCAAUUUGUUCGAAUACAAUUGGAAGUUUCGAAUGUUCUUGUCAUGGAGGAUAUAGAUUUGAAGACGAUAAGUGUCAAGAUGUUGAUGAAUGUCGAGAAACUCCAAAGAUAUGUGGGGAUCCGAAUAAAGGAACAAGGUGUAUAAACAAGGAUGGAUCAUUUGAAUGUCUUUGUAAAGAUGGAUACGAAGGGGAUCCAUCAUCCGAGUGUAAAGAUGUGAAUGAAUGUAAGAAUACUGAUGCUUGUGGACCCAAUUCACAUUGUACUAAUACGGAAGGAGGAUAUGAAUGUGAAUGUCUUCCUGGAUUCGAAAGAAUUGCCGAAGGAGCUCACUGUACAGAUCGAGAUGAGUGUGCUGUUGAACCAUGUCAUCCAGCUGCCACGUGUAGUAACACAAGAGGUUCAUAUAAAUGUGAAUGUAUUGAUGGAUUUGUGGGAGAUGGAAAGACAUGUCAUGAGACCAUUCUUUAUCCAAUUUCAAAUGAUUCGACGGUUAUUCCAAGGUCCUGGGAUUCAUCAACUGCUAUUCCACUUUCUAAGCCAAUCACAGUGUUUGGAAAGAUGUUUUCAAAAAUUUAUCUCUCAACAAACGGUAUCAUUUCAUUCGAAGAGCCUCUUCAAGGUCUUAUCGAUCAUGCGGACACACUGAAGAAACCAGCAAUUUUUGCUCUACAUGCUCAAUUUGAUUACAUAAAGGAUGGAUUAGUUGCCUAUACGUAUAUUAAUGAUACUGAUGAAGUAACACUACCUCUUUUAAUGCGUUCAUCAAUUGGAAUUCAAACUUCAAUGGGAAUUGAGAAUUUCAAUACAAAACGUCUUCAUAUCUUCACUUUCGACAGAGUCCGACAAUCUGGAUCUGAAAAUUUCAAUUCUUUUCAAAUUGUUCUAGCUGAAUCCGACAAAGAUGCCACCAUUCUAUCACUGAUUUACGAAAAAGUACAAGCUCGUGGACCAAUGACUGGAAUUUCAACUCCCACUGAAUUUCUAAUGCUACCGAAUAAUCGAUUAACGAGUGGUUCAAAUGUCGGACAACCUGGUAAAUGGAUGUAUCGAGUUGAUAUGAUGACACUUCAAGCGUGUCCACCUGGAAGAAUUGGUGAACCACUUUGUGACAGAGAAUGUGCUGUAGGACAUUAUGGAAUCAAAUGUGAAUCAACGUGUCAUUGCGAUGGAUCAGUUGCCUGUGAUGUGAUAACUGGAAUGUGUCCAGGAGCACUUUGUAGAGCUGGAUGGGAAGGAUUAUCGUGUGAUCAGGACAUUGACGAAUGUGGUAUGAAUCUAGUGACAUGUGCAGUUGGAUCAGAAUGUGUUAAUACACGUGGAGGAUAUAGAUGUGACUGUAAGAAAGGAUUUGUUCCUGUCGGAAAAGAAUGUAAACAAAUUGAUCGCUGUCUUUCCCGUUUCUCAGUUCCUUGUUCACGAAAUGCUGAAUGCGUGGAACUCGAAAGUUCUGUUCCAAAAUGUGUUUGCCGAAAAGGUUACCAUGGAGAUGGAUUCAGAUGUACAAUAAGAGAAAAUGUCAAAUCUGCCGGAGGGAGUCAUCUAGUAUCGGAUUUAACUCAUCAUCUGAUGGAAGUGGCCAGUGAUAGUUCAAACACAACUGAUUCAUCGACUUCUUCUUCUUCUGAAAAUCCAUUUGUUAUGAAGAAUUGGAUACCAGAUCGUGUUGGAGAAACGACGCCAAUUCCGCAAAGACCUAAAUUUGUUACAGUUCAAACCCCACCUCUCUUCUAUACAGCCCCACCUAUCAAACCGAAAUUCGCUGAUAAAGAUAUGGAUUUAAUGGAUGGAGACAAGCCAAGAGCCGAAGAAAGUGGAAGCCCUCCUUCCGUCUUAAUCAUCGUUAUUGUGGCAAUUUCGGUAAUUUGGAUAGUAUUGACAAUCUUAGUUUUCGGUGUCAUGUAUAUGAAUAAAAGAAAACAGCGAAACAUGGAAAGGCAACAAUACGCUGCAAUGAGAGGAUGGAAAGGUGGUCAAUUCCAUUCUCGAGCAUCUCGAAUGAUUACAACUUCAAAUCCAAAUGUUAUUUAUGGACAGACUCCAAGGAUAACUCCUUACGAGAGUUAUUAA